AUGAGACCGCUCGUUACAUUGUCACUCUUUUCCGGCCUCGGCCUUGCCACUGCUGACGUUGCCUCUGUGAGGUCGACCAAAGGCCCUAGUCGAACUAUUCACAAGGAUGUCGUCGUCAUCGGGGGAGGAUCUUCUGGAACGUUUGCAGCUGUCAAGCUGCGGAGGAUGGGUAAGAAGGUUGCCUUGAUCGAGAAGGGCGACCUUCUUGGAGGCCACACAGUGACCUAUCAGGUGCCCGAUACAAACAUCACCAUCAACUAUGGCGUUGUUGGUUAUGGUGACGAGCAAGUCACCAGAGACCAGUUUGCCAGCUUCGAUAUCUCCAUUGUCAACUUCCCAAUACCCGAGGGUGGCUUCGGGCCUACAAGCUACGUCGACUUCAGCAAUGGCCGCACUCUCAAGAACUUCAACUUCUCAAUGGAUCUGUCAGGGAUUCGAGAGCAGACCGACAAAUACCCAUACCUAUACUACUCGACUCGCCUCCCUGAUCCGGUCCCAAAGGACCUUCUCCUCCCUUUUCGAGAUUGGGUCAAGAAGUACAAGCUGGAGGAGACCACCUACAACGUGUUCUCUCACCUUCAAGGUCUUGGAGACCUGCCGAAUCUGGCAACGCUGUACGUUCUCAAGUAUCUCAACAGCGGGUACUUGGAGGUCAUGAGCCCUGAAUCCAAAGGGGCUCUGGGUCCUGUGCGUGGGAACAAUUAUGAGCUUUAUGAAAAGUCGCACAAAUACCUUGGAUCUGAUGUCUUUGUGAGCUCUACUGUUUCAGAGGCUCGACGUGACUCGAAGGGAGUUCGGCUCAGAGUCAAAACUCCGGAUGGUGUCGUGAACAUCAGAGCAAAGAAACUUCUCAUCACGAUACCGCCGAUGGUACGAAACAUGGAACCAUUCGGAUUGAGUGAUAGAGAGGAGGACCUCUUCUGCAAGUUUACUGCCACGGGAUGGUACGUCGGCAUUAUUCGAGCCGAAGGCCUUCCUGGGGGCUUUUCGUACCAGAACGCGGAUCCAGAUACUCCAUGGAAUCUUCCCCAACUACCGGCGCUGUUUGAGAUGUCGCCCACUCAAGCACCGGGCCUCUAUGCAGUUCGCUACAGCUCCAACGAGGACAUUGCCGAUUCAGUCGUAAAAGAGGAUAUGCUGCGCACCUUUGACAGAGUUAGGUUCUCCGUUCUCGGGAACGACACACAGAAGCUUGAGCCUGCCGAACUGCUGGCAUACUCGAGUCACGCUCCCUUUGAUUUGCACGUCCCGAUCGAUGAGAUUGCAAACGGCUUCUACAACAAGCUCGACGAUCUUCAAGGAUACAAGAGUACCUGGUACUCUGGUGCCACUUUUGUCUCGCACUCGACUGGUGCUUUGUGGAACUUUACAGACCAUCUCGUGGAUAAGAUGUAUGAGUGA